AUGGCUAUGUCUGUGAAGCAUAUGUACAUUAUUAUAGUAACUCUUGGUGUUCUCUCAUUUAUAUUUGGUGUUAUUGCUGAAAAUAAAAAGCCAGCAAAUGGAACUGCAAUACUAGGAAAUGGGGUUGUUAUCUGUAAAUAUCGAUCUGAUCACACUGUUGCCCUGGGCUUAUUGUCUGUUAUCUUUCUUGCUGCAUCUGCUGUAGCCGGCUUCUCGUCUUUGUUUUAUCCAUAUAAGGGAAAGUCAAUUCCUCAGGCUGUUCUGCUGAGAAGCACUAGUUUCAUUGUAUUCCUCAAUGUUGCUUUGGGUACAACUGGUUUAGCAGCAGUGCUGUUGUUGUGGCCUAUCAUCAGUGAGCAACUUCAUAUCACGCGGAACAUACACCACAACUUGCAAACGGAGUGUCCAACUGCCAAGACUGGUCUUCUUGGUGGUGGUGCCUUCUUGUCUCUUGAUUCUGCGCUCUUCUGGUUGGUUUGCUUGAUGCUAUCUAAUAAUGCUCGGGACGAUUACUUUGAAGAUACAGCAGCAGAUCUUAGAGGCGGGGAUGCAGUAAACUAUGAAGAAGAUGUAGUUAUCAAGAGUGCCUAA